AACAGGGUCCACUUUAGAGUACAGUCUUGUUCUUUGAGUUUUCUAAUAUUGCUUAAGGUACUACAAGAAGGUCUUUCUGUUAUUAAAAGCGUAAUGAGUGUCACUCUAUUGACGCUAGACCAAGUUAACACAUCAUACCCAUAGAAAAAUUCCUCCCUCUUUCAGGAUAAAGAAAUGCAAAAAAAUCCUUGCAAUACUAUCUUAUAAAUGCUUGUGGAAUAAGAUUCUUAUUCGCAACUACAAAUUCAGAUCCAACUUCAUAUCUGUAAUGCAGAAGGCAGUUUCUAGAGGCAUGAAAAACCGACGACAUGGAAUGAUACCGAUCUAGGGGGAGGCACGGGAGAAGCGGGGAGAUUUUUGUAGAAACGAAGAAAUAAACUUUACCCACCAAGAUCUGUAAUCCCCCUUUCCUCCAAUUCAGGGAACCCUGGAUCGAAGCCUAUUAUAUUGGGAUGGUAAUGACACGGUUAUCUAUGUAUAGUAAGACUUUAGUACGCUGUACUACGCAUUUUGGCAUAAAGGUCACAACACGGCAAUCACGAUUCGAUCACGGAGUUCAUGCAAAUCGAGCUCUGUAUUAGAGCCUUUAAAAACCUAUCACUUUAAUCAAACUCAGUUUAUAAACCUUCACAAAAGUGGACAAUAAUGCAAACAUUUUAUUCGUCGCAGGAGAACGCCUUGCAAAGAUUUUGACUUUAUUACGUGACAGUAUGGACGAUUUGUGUUUAAAGUCUGAGGGUUUAAACUUCAGGGUGGCAGAACAGGUACAAUUGCCGCAUGCGCGUUACUGGCAAUUACAGGUGCAUUUGACACGUGAUGAGCGGCGCUAGCAAAGAUACCGUUAAGCUCAUCUAGAAGGAUCUAGAGCCUAAAAACUAAAAGUUACUGUUACCACACGCGACAUCUAGACAUUGAGCAAAUCUUUUUCGCUUCCUUAAUCUUUAUUCAGUGCUAAGCAACCAAGUUCUACCUCUUAGAGACGCUAGAUAAAAUUCUACCACUUAGAGACAACCCAGACGGCCAAGCAAUCCUCAUGUAUACUUAGAGACGCAAGGGUCAAUCUAGAGCCAAACAACCAGUUAGGAACUUCGCUCACAAGCUCAAUCGGGAUACUUAUUCCAUUUGAAUUUCUUGAAAGUGCACAACUUAUUGCGUUUAAAAUAGGUAGAUUUUUUAAAGUAAAGAUAGACUAUGAAGUACAAAGUUUUUCUAUUUGUAUGCAAGACAUGCGACAUCUCGUCUUUUAUAUAUUAACGUUUAGAAUUCGAUUAUUUUGAGUCGAAAAAUACUUCUGGGGACUGUUUUAAUUAUAUUUUCAAUAUAUGCAGAUUGUUUUAUAUUAUUAUCUUACUGAUGUCGGUGUUUAUUUGAACAUAGCUAUUGCAUGUUCACAUCUGUGGCACUUUGUUGUAAUAACCAAAUUAAACGCCAAAUAGUAAUGCCUGUUAGUUCCGGGGUAAUAGCGAAGCGCGGUCUAAGCGUAGCGUAAUGUUAGUGUUUUUUCCUACUUGUUAUAUGUGUUCACAGGUUUGGCUUAGAAUCUAAGUAGAAUCUUUGGCUUUGUGGUCAUGCCUCUGGUCGAAUGGUCGACAAGUUGGGAUGAACCGUUGCCAAAAUAGUAACAGGGUAAUGUUCACGCCCCGACCGCGUCAACACACAACCACAAUUAGCACAUUCUAUCAUCUUCAGGGAAUCCCACCCUUUUACCUAACAUCGGCAAGAACAAGGACAAGAGAUAAUACAAAUUUAAAAAAUCAGAUAAAAUUUUAGAAAAAAUUGCGAGUAGAGAAUUUUGCAAAUUUAACUUGAUGCAAUAUCAGGAAGCCAUUUAGCUGCCGUGAAGAUCACUAAAUCAGCCAAUCAGAACGUUAGGGUGUCACAUUUAAGAAUAGCUGGUCCAAUCAGAGCGCCCGAUUCACGCGCACCUGUUCGAUUCAAGGCUUUGCUCGAUACUUUAAGCUCUACCCCUAAUUACCGUAUCUGGCGUUGCAAUAAGCUGCUUGUUAUCAAGCAAGCUGCCUUUAUACUAAAGCUGGCGGCAUAACGCAGAAUCCAGGAGGUUUUUUUCAGGUCUCAUGAUGGAUAUGGGGGUCGUUGGGAAUUCAGAUGAGGGAUUGACAGUCGACCGCAAGCCACUUGUGCUGUGUCGCGUUUGUGGCGACAGAUCCUCGGGAAAGCACUACGGUGUCUUUACUUGCGACGGCUGCAGAGGAUUUUUCAAGAGGAGUAUUCGGAGGAAUCUUACUUAUCACUGCAAAGAACUGGGCAAGUGUGUUGUGGAUGUAGCCAGACGGAACCAGUGCCAAGCGUGUAGGCUCAAGAAAUGCUUUGAAGUACAAAUGAAUAAAGACGCGGUCCAACACGAGAGGGCGCCACGCUCCGCGCAGAUCCUCCCGAGAGCAACCUCCACCACCACUAUCGUGAGCCACACCUUCUGUGAGCCCAUUCGCGACAAUCUCCCCCUCGCUCCCCACCCUAUGUGCCAAACACUGCCUUUACAAGACAACACUGAAUCAAAGCUGAAAACAGAAUCUGAGCCUACGCGCAGCCCACAGUCGGACAGCGGCAGUACACCGCCAUCAUCACCUCCAUAUCACGGACAGAACAACAACCGGUCACCUGAUUCUUCUAAGAAGCACAGCUUCAUGUCUAUCGCAAGUCUCAUAGAUACGAAAGAAAAUCAGGAUGGGAAGAAGGACUUGAACAAAGAAGACCGACCGGACGGGGUCCCAACACAGAGGAGUACUGACAUGUGUCCAGGGUGGACCUUCCCUACGGGGUACCAGACCGCCCCCCAGGACUCGAUUUACGAGUCCGCUGUCCAGCUAUUGUACAUGUCUGUCACGUGGGCCAGGAACAUCCCUACCUUCCUGGACUUACCAUUCCGCGACCAGGCAAUACUUCUAGAGGAGGGCUGGAGCGAGCUGUUCGUAUUGAGCUCCGCACAGUUCUCGCUCCCACUGGAUAUGGGCCCACUUCUGUCUGCAGCAGGACUGCAGGUAGAUAAGGCGCCAACUGAUCGUAUUGUUGCGGGAAUGGCGGACAUCCGCUUGCUACAGAACAUCGUCACGAGGUUCAAACGACUGCAGAUUGACUCUACGGAGUACGCAUGUCUGAAGGCGAUCGUCCUCUUUAAGCCAGACUUACGCGGACUUCGAGCACCACAGCUAGUUGAGCGACUACAAGACCAGGCCCAGUCCAUGCUCGGCGAGUACUGUCGUUCCCAGUACCCCGACCAACAGGUGCGCUUCGGUAAACUACUCCUCAUGCUACCGUCAUUAAAGACCGUCAGCCCUAAGAUGAUUGAGGACUUGUUCUUUCGUGGUACCUUGGAUAAUGUCCCUAUCGAAAGGAUGCUUUGCGACAUGUUCAAAUCCAGCUAAGGCUGUUAACCAGUCGAUACGUCGUCGUUCGCUGAUCAACGAAACGUCAGGGACAAAGUUUUGAAGUGUAGAUAUUAGCAUUUAGCUUGUAUAAUUAUUGUGUAUUAUGUAGAAUAGGAAUUUUUGUAUAAUUUCACGCCAUAAUUUUGGGUGGCUAUUUUGCACAGGUAUACCAUGCAUUCAUACCGGCACUUUCUACAGUCUCGCAGUCUCUUUGAGUUUCUUUGUAUUUUUUAUUUUUUUUUAUAUACCAUUUUUAGCACACUGUUUUCUUUUAUAAGAACCUUUUUAUAAGAACGUCCUUACCGAGAUUUGCCCAAAUUCUAAGAACAGAAACAUGCCGAGGCUAAGAUAGGAAUAUUGCUUUGUUUAGAGUGACGUGUUCUAAAAUGCAAAUUCAAAUUAUGUUCAUAAUAACAUCUUAAAUAUUACUACUAUUGACAAUUUAUACAAUUCUCUUCCAAUACUUAACUGGUGUACCAUCAUAUUUGUAUAAUACACAUAAUGGGGGUACCAUCAUAUUUGUAUAAUACACAUAAUUUGGGUACCAUCAUAUUUGUAUAAUACACAUAAUGGGGGUACCAUCAUAUUUGUAUAAUACACAUAAUGGGGGUACCAUCAUAUUUGUAUAAUACACAUAAUGGGGGUACCAUCAUAUUUGUAUAAUACACAUAAUGAGGGUACCAUCAUAUUUGUAUAAUACACAUAAUGGGGGUACCAUCAUAUUUGUAUAAUACACAUAAUUGGUGUACCAUCAUUUGUAUAAUACACAUAAUGGGGGUACCAUCAUAUUUGUGUAAUACACAUAAAAGAAAAGUGCAUUAGGGCACGGCCAUUUUAUAUCCAAAAAGCAGUCUUGGGUUCACAAUAAUAGUCUAUUGUUAAAGGUUUUUUUUAUGUUUUUACUAGGUUGCGUUUUCUUAAAACUUUUUCAAACUUCCCAAGGUAUACCAAAGGUGUUGCAUGGAACACUUGUUGUAAAUAUUCGCAAUUCGCUAGCAAAGGGAAACCAUACCCAGGGGCGGAUACAGGUGGGGGGGGGGGGGUGGAUUGGGUAGAUAUCCACCUCCCUUUAAGAGUAAAAAAAAAAAAAAAAUGAAAAGUCACUUUGUAUGAAAAAAAUAAAUGUCUGUGGGACGGGAGGUACUGUCCAUGUGCCUUUGCCUGCUUGACUUUGCUGUCGCAACAAAUCCAAUUCAGCGUGAAGUAUGUAAGAUCAUUUUGAAAUUCUGGAUCCGCCACUGGACACCACAACAUGUGACAACUGCUAUAAAUUCAAAACUAGUUCAAUAAAAAUACCUAGAGCUUAUACUCAGGAACAGGCAAAGAAUAACUGAAAACUUUAUUUUACAUAGUGAACAUAGCGAGCCGAGUUUAUACUCCAACCAUUCACUUCCUCACUAGAAAAUGAUAUUCGGCCAUACCACUGAGAAGGCAUUGACACUGAGGCCAUACCACUGAGAAUUCAUUGGUAUGGCCUCAGUGUCAAUGCCUUCUCAGUGACUUCUGGCUAUGAACCUGCAAAUCUUGCAGGUGCAUAGCCAGAAGUCGCUGAGAACGGUGGAGGGGCAGUCGUUGAUGUCAUGUUCAAAAAGUAUAAUAAUAUCGGUGUUUCACCUCUUAGAUAGGACUAAAUAUGCACGAAUAAGUAUAUAAAACUAUUUAAAAAGCCGGAAUCUUAAGAAGAUUGGCACAUCUAGUGCUUUUUCUAACCAAGAAAACAAAGAACAACGUGCAGCUAAACGAUUUUAUAAAAAAGGUUUCUUAUCUUUUUACAGUUACUUUUUUUUACUUUGACGAAUUGUUUGAUGGACAUAAUGAUUUUGUAGGGCUACCAACAAAUAUAUAGGCUAAUUAUAUACAUCCUUUUAUAGCUAUGCUGCAAAUGCACUAUUAUCUUCAUGUCUGGUGUGAAAUAAACACGACUCAAAAUG